AUGGACUUUUUUGCUCGAUCCCGUCGCAUUAUUUACUCACCGCAGCCUCUUACAUCUUUCUAUGCAACUACCUCCGAGGCAUUGAUCAAUCCCCAUAGCCAUUCGAUCGUAGAGGACUGUUUGAUUGCACAAGUCAGGGCUGACACACUCGUGCAGAACUCAUCAUUCCCCGGAACCAAAGUACUUUUGCGCCAGUUGAGUGAUGAGGAGCUCUUGGCGCGGUUUACUCGUGGGUUCUUUGGUGGAAUAGUGUUUGCUACUGAGAGGUUCAUUCUGGCAUCCGGUGGGUGGAGGUUAAUGGCCGUGCAAAUCAAAGGCCUAAGUCAACUAAAUCCAUUGAUGUCAGGUACACAACCCACCAAUUCUGGAAUACCACUACCAAAGAGCAUAUGGAAGGUCGCAGAAAUUCCAACAACAAAACUGCUCCCUUCGGGCUCAACACUUUUUGGCGCAUUCCAGGUCACCCACUCGCAUUUAGUCAAUCAAACGCAGUUGAGCUCUCCUUCAGAUGCUUUGUCCAGAACUAAGUUCUCCGAGGAGAAAUUUUCCUAUAUCGACUUUGGUUUUGGGAAUGGUAGUUUUGCUGGAUGCCACAGGCUAUCGGUCCACAGGAACGAUUCUGCCAAGGGUAUUGAUUCUGUUGCCAAAAACGCGGGCCAACACGAUGAUAUGAUAGAAUUUCGCUUAUCCUUUUUCCACUGCAAUCCACGAGAAGACAAGUCAAGCCCCGUAACGAUGCUCACAGGUUUUCAUCAAAUAUACGCCAAGCUCCUUUUCACCGAUGCAUUGAGACUUCUCUGUUAG